UUCCAUCUUUGGCCCAAUCCAUUCCCUUUUGACUUACCAUGGCUCGCUACUCCCUCUGCGCUCUCCUCCUCUUCGCCGCCGUGGCCGCCGCCGCUGGGGCCAACACCGACGCCGACGACAUCCUGAUCCGGCAGGUGGUGCCGGAGGGCGAGGUGGAGGACCACCUGCUGAACGCGGAGCACCACUUCUCGAACUUCAAGGCGAAGUUCGGGAAAACCUACGCGACGAAGGAGGAACACGAUCAUCGGUUCGGUGUAUUCAAGUCAAACCUGCGCAGGGCGAGGCUUCACGCGCAACUCGACCCUUCCGCCGUCCACGGCGUUACCAAAUUCUCCGAUCUCACUCCGGCGGAGUUCCACCGCCAGUUCCUCGGUCUCAAACUUCUCCGCUUGCCGGCGAACGCGCAGAAGGCCCCCAUCCUCCCCACCAACAAUCUCCCAAAAGAUUUCGAUUGGAGGGACAAAGGAGCCGUCACUAACGUCAAGGACCAAGGCUCGUGUGGAUCGUGUUGGUCUUUCAGUACCACGGGAGCAUUGGAAGGAGCUCACUUUUUGGCUACUGGUGAGCUCGUGAGUCUUAGUGAGCAACAGCUUGUGGAUUGCGACCACGUGUGUGAUCCAGAAGAAUAUGGAGCGUGUGACUCAGGCUGUAAUGGUGGUUUGAUGAACAACGCAUUUGAGUACAUACUUGGGGCUGGGGGAGUACAGAAAGAAAAGGACUAUCCAUACACUGGAAAAGAUGGCUCCUGCAAAUUUGAUAAAAGCAAAAUUGCAGCUUCUGUAGCUAAUUACAGUGUGGUUUCCCUUGAUGAAGAUCAAAUUGCUGCAAAUCUUGUGAAGAAUGGCCCUCUUGCAGUUGCUAUCAAUGCAGUUUAUAUGCAGACAUACAUUGGUGGUGUCUCUUGUCCAUACAUCUGUGGGAAGCAUUUGGAUCAUGGGGUUCUUUUAGUGGGCUAUGGUGAAGGUGCAUAUGCUCCCAUUCGUUUUAAGGAAAAGCCUUACUGGAUCAUUAAGAACUCGUGGGGAGAGAACUGGGGAGAAAAUGGAUACUACAAGAUCUGCAGAGGUAGAAAUGUUUGUGGAGUGGAUUCCAUGGUCUCAACUGUAGGUGCUAUACAUACAUCCAGCCAAUAAACACUAGGAUAUAAUAAUCUCAUUGUGGUUGUGUGAUGUGAUACUGGACUAGGAUAGUUUGUAUAAAUAUUUAUAUUAUCAACUCUAUCGUUUGGAUCAGUAAACUUCUAAGAUCAUGUUGUUUAUGCAGUAUGUAAUUCUGUAUGCUUCUGAGUCCAGUGCCUAUGUUCUUUGUUAUGGCAACUUGGCAGAGUUAAUGAAUUGGAAAUAUACUUCAGUGUAAAAUCUUAUUACUUGUUAAUGUGCA